AUGGUCUCGCAGGAGUGGCAAGUGCUUAUUGAUGAGAAGAGAGCCCAGCGAGAAGCAUCGAUCCCUUCCCAAUGGAAGAUACCGAAGCGCGUUGCCGACAAAGUCUCUCCCACCGCGUCCGUCAGUGCCUUUCAAUUGCUGGAGGAAACCGACAUUCUUACUAAGGAGCAGCGCGAGAUCACCGAAGUUCACGACGCAACGUUCCUUCUCGAGCGACUGGCAACGGGGAAGGUCUCCUCACAGGCCGUGACAACUGCGUUUUGCAAGCGGGCAGCCGUGGCUCAGCAGCUGACUAACUGCCUGACGGAGAUAUUCUUCGACGAGGCCCUCGCGCGAGCGCGUUUUCUCGAUGACUAUUUGGAGCGCAACGGCAAGCCAAUGGGACCUUUCCAUGGGCUUCCCAUCAGCAUCAAGGACAUGUUCAUGAUCAAAGAGCAAUUCGCGACUUUGGGAUAUGUCUCAUAUCUCACAAAACCGAAGGCUGAUGAGAAUUCCUUUGUCAUCGAUAUACUCCUCGAGGGUGGCGCUGUCCUUUACUGCAAAACAACGGUGCCACAAGGACUAUUCAUUAUGGAAGGGUACAGCCAGGUCUUCGGCCAGACCAUGAACCCUCACAACCUCUCUCUGGGCCCAGGCGGAAGCAGCUCAGGAGAAGGCGCCCUGGUCAGCUUCCGAGGAUCCAUCCUCGGGCUGGGUAGUGACAUCGGCGGAUCCAUCCGCGCCCCGUCGCUCUGCAACGGGGUCUUCGGCAUGAAGCUCUCCUCAGACCGACUGCCCUACGCCAAGCAACAAGAACUAUUCCCAAAAGGCUGGCCGUCCAUCGUCUGCUCGCUCGGCCCGCUCGCCCACUCUGCGCGCGAUCUGUCCCUGUUCUGCAAAAGCGUGCUCCAGGCGCAGCCGUGGCGCCGCGACUCGACGGCAUACGCGCUCCCCUGGCGCGAGCUGCCCUCCAAGCCCAAGCUCAGAAUUGGUGUCUGGUCCGACGACCCCAGCUUCCCCGUCCACCCACCCGUCUCCCGGAUCCUGGCCUCGGCGACCGCGAAACUCCGCGACGCGGGGCACGAGUUGAUCAUGAUCUCGGACGCUCCGUCUCUUGCAAACGCAGUCAUGACCGCAUGUCGCUCGUUCGCACUCGACACUGAGCAGGCGCCCAUCAAGCCUCUGCGUGACGCUAAUGAGGAUCUGCAUCCUGCGCUCGAGGAGACAAUCGCUCAGACGUUCCCGGAGGGACAUGUCCCCGAUCUGUCUGAGGUUUGGGCAGUCAAUGCCACCAAGGAGGAUAUUCGGGAGGAAUGGGCGCAGGUCUGGUGGGGAAAUGACCUCGACGUUCUCAUCUGCCCCGGGUCUCGGAGCACCAGCGUGCCUCAUGGGAAGUAUGGCCCACCGGCGUGGACAUUGAUCUGGAACCUGUUGGACUUCCCGGCCAGUGUCGUGCCAUAUUUAAAGGCGGACAAAGAGCUGGAUAACCAACCCGCGGAAGAUUUUGAUCCACUGGUGGCCCACGGUGCGCCAGGCAGCAUCCAAAUCGUGGGGUGGCGCUUCCAGGAUGAAGAGGUGCUCCAAGCGACCGAAAUCAUAUCCCAAGCCCUUCACUCCCAGCCUCCCACUCCUUUGAAACCUAUGUUGAAUAAGCUAUAG